UAUAAAACUCGAAAAUAUACACAAUAUUAUAUUCAAAUAUAAAAUUUUCUUCUCAAAAAAUUUCCACUUUUUUCGUCUUUUUUCAUGGCCGCUCUCCCUUUCAUUGAAUGGGAUGUUUAUCAUCAUCUUCUUAUACUUGAUGUCCAUGAGAAACAAUACGAUAGAGUCAAGGAUUAUAUAAUGCAACAUUAUCUCUCCAAUGAGCUGUAUCAAACUUUGGGAUACCAUGAGGAUCCGGAAUUCCAUAAAGAUUUAAAAACCCUUAUCAAACAUCUGUUGGAAAACGAUAGCAGUCUUAUGGUUUUGGAUGUUGAAAGUGAUUCCAUAAAUGGAAUAGCUCUUUUAAAAUGCAUGUCUGAAGAAUGGCGUUCUUGGACUUCACUACAGGUGCUUAUCAAUAAUCAACACCUUAAAGAACUUAUUGAUUUUCCACGUUACUCAGUGCAAGACUAUGCUGCAGAGCAACAGACAAAAUGGGAUGGCUUGCAUAUAUUUUACUAUCAUGUGGAACCAUUUUUAGAAGCAAAUCAAUGUUUUAUGGCAAAAUUUUUCAAUGCCAUUGCUAAUGUGGCCAAACACAUGCAUAUGCCAAGAAUUACCUAUAUGGCCUUAAGUCGAAAAGAUGCAGCUCUUUUAGAGGAAAUGGGCUAUAAGGAAGUAAAGCGUAUUCUAUAUUCCAUGUAUGUUUAUAAAGGGCGAAGACCCUUUGAUCAUCUAAGAGAUUUAAAUGAAAUGCAUGGCUCGUUGUAUGAAUUCAAAGUGGAACCUUUAAAACAUUUUGAAGAAUUAUACCCAAAACAUGGGUUGAUGGGGGAAAAUGUGAAGGACAAGAAAGUUGCUUAAAGGUUAAAAAUACUGUUGAAAAAGUGCAUACAUCAUAUAUAAAGAAUUGACAAUAAAAUUAUGUAAAAUUUUGGUUUAAAGUUAA